AUGGAGCACCAGCCGGCUAUGACCUGGCCGGAGCAGAUUCAUGAGAAUACUCUCAUCUCGGCGCCCGGCGAAGAUGAAUUCUCCAACUUCCUUGAAUUCAACAUGCACUUUACCGACCUCGAGGGGCACGGACCAGCGCAUUCCCAGAUGCAGGAGCAGCAACACGCGAUGGUCCCUCCAACCACCACAGCCCCCGAGUCGGCCAUCUCGUCCGAUCACCGAUCGCAAUCCCACCAGUACGCGACUCCAAUUGAAGGCCUCGCCAUGGACUUUGGCCAUGGCCCCGUGCAGUCGCAUGGCAUGUCUUACUCCACCCCCAGUAUGACCCCGGGUUUCUGUGCCCAGGAUUCGUCGCAGCAGUCUGCAAACCACCACUAUAUGCAGGGCCAGCCUAUGAUCCCCCCGACACCAAACAGUAUGGAGCUGCACGGAAACGCCGCCCGCUACCCCCAGCGGGUGGACGAGAAUGCAGAUAUGUAUGAUCGAUACUCGCGCAUCAACGAGGAACAGGCGCUUUACACUCCACUCGUUUCUCCGGCGAUGACACCACUAGAGAGCCAAUUUCGAGUUCCUGAAUAUACCGUCCCUGGAGAAUACUUCACACCUCUUACCUCGCCUGCGCUGGAAGCACAGAACACCAGUAGCUCCAACAAUGGAUAUCCAUUCCAUGCGAGACAGAUGUCAGAUGUGGGCUUUGUAGCCACCCACGCCGAGAUGAACCAUCUGCCGGGCACUUCGGCUCCCCCGUCUCCCAGUAUCAUUCGCAAGACCAACCGCCGGCGAACUUCGACAACCUCCCGACUUCCCGGUCGCAGUAAGGUCAAACAGUCGCCUUCCCUUCGAGCACAGACUCAGCGCAAUAGGGGAAAACCGGUGCCUCAUAGCUCGGAAGAGUUCUAUAACAGUCUGACCCACGAGCUGAGCAAGCCGCAAAACCACGAUGUGCGCUCCCUUCAAGUUAGCAGCAAUGAAGGCUCUGGUCAGGAUUCAGUCUCCCCCGAACCCUUGUCCGAACCGCUGAUGCCACCACCCGCACUUCCACCGCCGCGGCAGUCUCCUGCCUUCAACCCGGUGGCCCAGUCGCCUGGCACGGCUGCCACUCCGGCGACUUUGAUGCGCAUUCAGCGCUCGCAGCAUGCUCGAGAUCCACUGGAUCAAUUCACUGGUCAAGCGCAGCUUGAGAUACACGAUGAGAUCAUGGAGGACAUCGCCCUGCCCGAGGCAGCAGCGCCACCCAUACAACCGCGUCCCAGGGUCAAUCGCAUCGAAACUAGUCUACGCACCAGUACGGCCAGCCCGGUCCUUUCUGCACACGGGACACCAUCUCUGGAGCCUCGAUCAGCUGCAGAAAGAACCCCCGCGUCGAUUGCGAUGAGCCCGUGCACGGUGGCCAUGCCAUCCCCCAGUGGGCCGGUCCCGAAGCGAUCGGACCCGUCCAGAUCUUCGAUAUCUAGUCGGAAACGACCUAGUGUGAGCUCCACGCAGGCUAGCCCUCAAUUGCGACCGAAGAUCAGUCCGAGCAUCCAGCCGUUGAUGCGAAGUGGUGAGGUAAUGUCGCAAGAUGCGCUUUACUUGGCUUCCAAGUCCAAUUACCAGCAUAUUCUUGAUGGCACCUUGCCCUCAGGCGUCUCAUACCCGGAGGCACUGGCUGAGAAUCUGAGUUCCAAGCGCACCAACCAUAAACUUGCCGAACAGGGACGCCGGAAUCGAAUCAAUAGCGCCCUUAAGGAAAUCGAGACCUUAAUACCGCCAGACUUUGUUCAGGCGAGACAGGCAAAGGAGGCUGCCUUGACCGGGGUCAAACCCGCUGACAAGGAGAAAGAGAAGGCCUCCAACCAAGCCAUCAGCAAGGCGAGUGCGGUAGAGAUGGCCAUCGAUUACAUCAAGGCCCUUAAGAAAAGCCUAGAUGACACCACCGAGAAAUUGGCUGCAACGGAGGCAAAGCUCGCUGGCACUACUCUCGACGACAAAUCUGCAGAUACCCCUGCAGCUGUGACUGGAAAGGAAGUCAAUGGCACCGGUCAUGACUCGGCCAACGAGACUUCAUGA